AUGUCCUGCUCCGGAACAAACGCCUACGCCUACGGCACCAUGGCCUCAAACGUCAUCUCCCUAACCCUUGUCCUCGCCUCCGGCUCCAUCAUAAAAACACAUCACAGACCGCGGAAAACAUCUGCCGGGUACAAUCUCACUCACUUGGUCAUUGGGUCUGAAGGUACACUUGCCCUCGUCACGGAAGCUGUGUUGCGUCUUGCGCCUCUACCCCGGAACCUGCAUGUCGGUCUAGCUACUUUCAAGACGUUCCAAGAAGGUGUGGAUGUGGUUGUUUCGUUGCAGAAACUGGGUCAUCGGCUUGAAGCACUGGAGUUGGCGGAUGGGCCGCAGAUGACGUGUGUUAACGUGUCUGGACUUGCACCUGCACGUAGGUUUGAGGAAGUGCCGACGCUGUUCUUCAAAAUCGCCGGACCAUCGAUGCAUAUUGUUCAAGACCAGAUAGCCGUUAUGCAGGAGUUGUGUAAAACACAUGGCGCAUCUGCCGUUGAGAUCACGCAUGAGCAAGACGAGAUGGAUGUUAUUUGGGGAGCGAGGAAAUGCAUGGGCACGGCUCUUCUUGCUAUGAAACAACAACCCACUGAUCUCUUCUUACACAGCGAUUGCGCGGUUCCCAUCUCAAAUCUAUCCCGCCUCGUCGCCGGAACCCAGUCCCUCAUUCACCAGGCAUCGACUACGAAUCAAGCGGACUGGUUCUGCGCCAACGUCGGCCACAUCGGGGACGGCAACGUGCACUCCAGCAUCGUGUGUCCACAAGAGCACUAUGAUGCCGCGAUGAGUGUGAUCAUGGACAUCGCAAGGUUGGCGCUUAGCUUAGAAGGGACAGUAACCGGCGAGCACGGUGUAGGGAUGAAGUUGAGGGAUGCGCUGGAGGAGGAGGUAGGGAGCGAGGGUGUGGAGAUGAUGAGGGGGGUUAAGAGGAGUUUGGAUCCGAGGGGCAUUUUGAAUCCGGGGAAGGUUUUCAGAUUAGAGGGAGAGGGGGGCGAGCCUAAACUCUAG